AAAAUAUAAUACUAGUUGUGCGUAUAAUUCAUGUACGUUACAUGGGGCUAUAGAGAGUGAUUAUGAAAAGCAUCAGUACCCAUGAAAUCACCAAUACAGUAAGGUAUAUAGUGGUAAACGCGCACUGCAGUGAGACUAUUCGUCCAUAUGCUAUUAUUCUACAACUCCAGAGAAUCAAUACUCUGAUUCAUUCUCGUUCUUGUACACUGGAUUGAUCAAGGCUUCACUGGAUACGGUUUACGACACAUGGAGAACAUUAAUUAGGACGCAGAAAUGUUGCUCGAAACCUGACAAGAAACAUGGCGGCUGAUGACGUAAUCGGUGUUGAGUCGCGUGACACAAAGAGCAGCGAUGAAGAAAACGAAGACUACUUUCCGAUAGCUCCCGACGGUGGAUGGGGCUGGAUGGUCGUGUUGGCUGUAUUUGGCGGGAAUCUUCUGAUCGAUGGAUGUGCAGGAAGCUUCGGCAUUCUCUACCCGGAACUUAGGGAUGGCUUCCAGUCAAGUCCAUCGCUUACGUCGUUGGCCGGCUCACUGAUUGUGGCUGUGUUCCUGUUCUCCAGUCCUCUUGUUGGGAGCCUGGUACACCGGUUUGGCUGCCGAGCUGUCUGCUUCAGCGGAGGGCUCGUUACUGCGGCUGGGUUCAUUUUGGCAAUGCUCGCUAAAAACAUAUAUGUAUUCAUGUUUGGAUUUGGAAUCAUUGGAGGAAUCGGAUUGGGCCUGAACUCACUCAGUGGGCAUGUCAUGGUCAACAGCUACUUUAAUAAAAGGCGUGGUAUUGCAGGCGGGAUUGUUUCCUCAGGAGCGGGAUUUGGUGUCUUUAUUCUAGCCCCUUUGCUACAGUUUUUGGUAUACAGUUAUGCGUGGCGAGGAGCAGUUUUAAUAUUUAGUGGUGUUAUGCUACACUUUAGCGUCUUUGCUUCACUCAUGCGCCCGCUUGAAGACAACCGUCGUCCAAGUAGUCCAUGUUCUACUGCAACAGAGAGCGAUGAAGAAAUCGUUGAUUCCAAUACGUCAGACUGUGAUAAAACUCAUGCUCAGGUUUUGAUCAAGGGAAGCAAAGAGGAUAAAACAGAUCUACGCAAACAACUGUUUGCGAAUGGUCAUUCAUAUAUUGAAAACAAAUCGUUGCUGAAGCAUUCUGAUAAAAGGGUAAACGGUUACUUAUCCUCGUACGAUAUUCAUACUCCGGAAUUAUCACCGGAAGAAAUAAAGAAUCUCAAUUCUCUACCCGAUCUAUCAAAAAUCGAUUCCAAACGUGCUAUUUCUCAACAAAAUCACAGGAACGCUGAUCGGAGAAGACGGUUUAUCAACCAUCAUCAUCACGACCACCAUCAUCAUGGCGUCCACCAUUUGAAUCCAUUUUUACGGAAGGAUGUCUUCUUCACAAGCAGUCUUCAUCAUCUGAAAGAAUAUCAAAAAGCUGACAGUAUUAGUUCGUUUGUGAAUUCUAUGAUCAUUCACGAUCAAAAGUCCAUAGACGAUCAUUCCGGGAAUAAAAACGGGAACACGAUCAUCUUGCAAAACAGUAUGCCAGAGCAGGCUAAUCCUUUUGAUCUGUCUAUUUUUAGAAACUCAGUGUAUAUUCCGAUGCUUUUGGGCGCGGUGUUCAUACAAAUGGGACAGUUCAUACCGAGUACUUUCAUCCCAGAAUAUGCAAGGGAAAGUGUCGGCUUGAAUAAGGAUCAGAUAUCGAUAAUCAUUUCAGUGUUCGGUGCUGUCAACAUUUUUGGCCGACUUAGUGCUGGUAUAUUAGUGAACAUGCGUUGUUUGUCAGCCUUGUGGAUCUGCAACGUGGCCAUGUUUUUAUGUGCUGUGUGCUGCGCGUUGUUCCCCUUCUGUACAUCAUUUGCAACACUUUGUGCCUUCUCAGUUUGUUUUGGAUUCUUUAUCGGGUACUUCCCACCGCUACAAAUCCUCAUAAUGGUCGAAUACCUCGGAUUGGACAAACUGACCCCUUCUGUAGGUUUUCUACAGAUGGCGAAGGGACCCGCAGCCCUUGUUGGUCCGCCGAUGGCAGGUCUGGUUUAUGAAUGGACCCAAAACUACGCCAUGUCGAUGGAGUUUGCGGCUCUUCUUUUCCUCCUUGCCGCCUUAGUUCAAUCACUGGUGCCAUUAAUUGACAGGUGUUCAGCUAAGAGACAGGACAGUGGAAGUAUGUUUUCACAGGUUGACUGUGAACUGGAAUGUGAACGAACAUACACUCAUCAAUGACUCGGUGAAAUUGUAACGCUACAUUUAUCUUAUAUCUUAUAUAUAUAUAUAUAUAUAUAUAUAUAUAUAUAUAUAUAUAUAUAUAUGCAAAUUGACAUUUAUUUAUUUGUCAUGCUUGAUCGUUACACUGUUUUGUGAACGAAGAGGAACAGCUAUAUCGCAAUCAAAUUCUGUGUUGAAUGUUUUAAUCAUGCAAAUCAAAAUCUGCAUUUGCUUUAUUUGAACUGAUCACCUGACUAUAUAAAUGGACUUUGGAAUAGAUUUACAUCAACACAAAAACAACUUCAACAUGUCCAAAGUAUAGUGUAUAAAAGGAAGAACAGUUCAAGUGCCACGUUUGCUUCCAUACGCCAGUGAAUCACACGGUGUGCGCUCAUGAAUCACGCGGUGUGCGCUCAAGUUGCGAGAUGGUGGUUAUCAUGUAAAUGCAUGAAUAUGACUGUUCACGAAAGUUUUUCGUCUGCUUACGGGGCCCUAUGUUUAAAGUUCAAAAAACUACUCUCGAGACUUCUACUUGCUAACGAUACGCAUGUGUAGUAAGACCCAUAACUCGGGCUUUAGAAAGUGUUGAUUCGCUCCCCUUGAUCGUUUGCUAGGCUCCCCUAGUUUAUUGAUGUGUGAUGAAUCUCAUUAUUUUGCUUUCAUUAUGUGUUCUGUUAGGCCUUGUUUUUGCUAAGUCAUUAUAUCGUCAUGUCCGUUAGAAGAACGACAUUGUACUUACAAAUGUUUCUGUGUGAUGCUUUUUUAAGCUUGUUUAACUCAUAUGGUACACGCGAAGGCUGUUCUAUAGGAAUAUUAGAUACAAUUAUUAAUAAAAUGAGGAAAAAACGCAAAGCUCAUCUUUGUCUCCCUGUCUGCCCUACAGAACCUCUAGGAGUCGAUAUUUGCACAUUUUACAACAUGCACACUUUUUCCUUUGCCUUAAGGUUACACACCACCAUUGUUAUUCCCUAUAUAAUUCAAUGUAAAAUUAUAAUUUUUAACAACAUUUAAAGGCAUUUCGAGCGAAUGCAGGCUAUGAUAACCACAUAUAUUCUUAAAGUACAAGCUUUAAUUUACCUUUUAAGCCAAUAAAAGGGGGGGGGGGGGGUCAAGUUAUUCCUAAGAAAAGUCACUCAACUUGAAAAACAAACUCUAAAAAUUGCACCUUCCGCCAUGACAGUUCUUCCAAAAUGACCUUUCAACUAUAGGGCAGCUGUUUAUGCUUUAAUCUCUACCCUAAAUGAUAAAUCAAGCAAGAAUAGAUACUUAAGG